AUGGCUUGUCCUCGACCCCCAGCAUGUAAGGGCAAGGUCAAGGAGGGUCUUCCUAAGCGUUCUGAGGAGAUUAAAGGCGUCAAAUGGACCGGUCCUGAGGAGAUUAAAGGCGUCAAAUGGACCGCUCCACACCUGAGCUGCCGCCAAGCUAACUCAAUCGGAGCCGGCGCAUUUGAGAAGGCGCCUGUGGACGUGAAGCUCCAACACCUCGACUUCUGGGCCAGCCUCCAUGGCCAGGUCCCGGGACUGCUGGACUGGGACAUGGGGAACGAGCUCUUUCUGGCCUUCACCACAUCUCACCUCUCCUUAGCCGAGCAGAAACUUGCCAGGUAUAAACUCCGAAUUGUUAAGCCACCAAAAUUACCCCUAGAGAAAAAACCCAACCCUGAUAAGGAUGGUCCAGAUUAUGAACCCAACCUCUGGAUGUGGGUAAACCCCAACAUCGUGUAUCCCCCUGGAAAGCUGGAGGUCCCAGGACCUAGGAAGAGGGAGGAUCUGACAAGCACACUCCCCUUGUCUCAGCCACCACAGAAGGAGGAAGAUGCCAGCUGCUCAGAAGCCACAGGGGUGGAAUCACUGUCCUGGUCCUCCAGCAAGUGGUCUCCCCCUCGGAAGCGCUUUGCCUUUUCCCCCAGCACUUGGGAGCUCACAGAAGAGGAGGAGGCUGAGGACCAGGAAGACAGCUCCUCUGUGGCUCUCCCAUCCCCUCACAAAAGGGCCCCCCUCCAGAGUCGGAGGCUUCGGCAAGCCAGCAGCCAGGCGGGGAGGCUCUGGUCCCGGCCCCCUCUCAAUUACUUCCACCUAAUUGCCCUGGCAUUAAGAAACAGUUCCCCCUGUGGCCUCAACGUGCAACAGAUCUACAGUUUCACUCGAAAACACUUCCCCUUUUUCCAGACAGCCCCAGAAGGCUGGAAGAAUACUGUCCGUCACAAUCUCUGUUUUCGAGACAGCUUUGAGAAAGUGCCUGUCAGCACGCAGGGCGGGGCCAGCACACGGCCUCGAUCUUGCCUCUGGAAGUUGACCGAGGAGGGACACCGCCGCUUUGCGGAGGAGGCUCGCGCCUUGGCUUCCACUCGGCUGGAAAGUAUCCAGCAGUGCAUGAGCCAGCCAGGUGUGAAGACUUAUGUGAUGCCCUUCCUCUUUGAUCUUUAA